AUGCAGUUAAUUCUUUGCGUAGUUGUGGUGGACGUAGACGAUCGGCCAGUCUGCGUGGAAAUCUGUGAUACAGCUGGUCAGGAUUCGAUGUCUGAACUCCGUGAGCUCUGCUACCCAGGCACCGAUGUGUUGAUGCUUUGCUUCUCUGUGGUGCGACCGGAGACGUUCCGUUCGGUCGCGGACCGGUGGACGCGAGCGGUCGCGGGUGUGAACGCGCCCUUAAUUCUAGUCGGCACACAGAGUGACUUGGCGCUCGAUGGGCGGGUUAUACAAUCGUUGAGAGCGCGAGGAGAACACGCAGUUACCGAAGUAGAAGCAAGAGCAUUGGCAGCAAAAAUAAACGCUGUCUACGUAGAAACGUCAGCGAAAACAAGAAAACAAUUGAAAGACGCCUUCGAUGCCGCCAUCUUAGCAGGGUUGCCAGUCAUACAGCCAAAAAGAUCUAUCUGGAAGAAGUUGUUGUGCUUACAGUAGGGUGAUUGUGAAAUUCGUAAAAUCUUGUAUUAACUCUUUAAUAAAUAAAUAAUCCUUAACAAUAAACCAUCUACUUUAAAUUAAACGGAAUAAUUGAAUUUGGAUUGCAUGGCAAUAUAAUUUAAAAGUUUUAAUAUUAUUUCGUAAAACAACUGCAAUUAACACGUAAAAUAAUUAAAUCCAUUUACUAUUGGAGAAAUGUUUAUAGGUAUAUUGUAAAUGACUGCAUUGAUCACAGAACAUACAAGAUUGUUAUGGCAUUAGCACGGAUUUCCCAAAGCUUAGUAUAAAUAAUUAUCUGUUAGAAUUAUACACGUUAGUGCCUUAACUGUUAUAUUAAUAUACUGAAAAUGAAUUCGAUAUGUACACUAGUUUUAUUUUAAUAUGAAUGUGUUUGAUAGAAUGUUUGGAUUGUUAUCAAAUUAUACUCAACACUCAAGGUAAAAAAACUUAAUGUCGAAAAUUUAAACGACUACUUACGAACUUUGUGAGCGUAAAAGCAAAUUAUAAGUAAUUUCGUCGAAAAAGGACACAACACGUCCAUAAAAUGAAUUUUAUUGAAACCACGUCACAGAUCAUGUCGAAAGCUUUAAAAGAAUAAUGCAACAACAACAAUAAAGUCGUGUUAUACAUGUACUUACCAUGUCGAUUUACAUUUCUUUAGACAAUUAUUCUAAAACUUAAUUUCCUCUAUGAAGUGGUGUAUAAAUAAUGAAUAUCUUUGGAAAAUUGAAUUUUGACAGAACAUAAUUACAUAUUUGACAAUCGACAUUGUAAAAUGUGAAUUGUGAAUAAUUGUUCGGAUAGAACAAAGUAAUAAUUGAAACAAAUUUAAAAUGGAUAGGUACAUGAUUUUAUGACUUGGAGUGAUCUCAAAUUUACAGCCAUUUCCAUUUAUGUUUUACUAAAUACGCAAAAUUUGUUCGUGAAUUUUCUAUAGCACAAUGAUUAAGGUUUACUUUUAUAGUUUUCAUAUUGUACAUAAAAUCAUUAUGUAGCUCUUACGUUUUAGAUGUGUAUAUAAUACGAAUGUGUAUGUAAAUAUUGUUUUAAUACUCAACACGAACUGAUAAUUAUAUUUUAUUACGACUGA